AUGUCGUCAGGUAAGUUGCGCAGUGAGACCCGACCUCCAACAUCUUUCCAGAUUCGAGCGACUGCCAGCGCGCCCGUCCUGGAUGGAAAAUAUUCCCACAUGCCGACGAGCCUGCUAACCAUGGUACCAGAUCUUGAUGAGAAGACCCUGGAAGAUGCUGCCAAUACCGGAGAGAUGGAAUAUGAAAAAUGGCCGUCCCUCCUCGAGCCGCUCCUCCAACGUCUCAACCAGAUUGUCUAUACCGAGUUUCAUACCCCACGACCCUAUCCCAGGGUAAAUCGUCAACUCAUACCCAACUCACCAUCUCAGAUACACGGCACUUCCACACGAGACUCGAACCCGGCCAUACAAACACCGUCGACCCCCGUGCGGAACUUGCCUCCUGUACCACCUUUUCCAAAUUCCUCAGCCACAUCCACGAGCCAUGUGCCGGAUUCCCUCCCUCCGUCGCAAGAGCCCUCGGCCGAUGCGAUAAACGAAUUGCCCUCCCUUUUGCUCCAGAUCCUGCAUAGCGUUCAGCAUACCCUCCGCACCGCGUUUGCAGAAAAGCCACCGCACACCAUUCAGCGGCUGGCUGAACUGGUGCUACGUCCUACAAGAAACUACCGGACGCUGCCGGCAUGGCUACGUGCCGUCGACCGGGUAGUCAGCGUCAGCAGCUCGGCGGAUAUCUUCCCUCUGUCGGACACACCGCCCAUCGUCAACGGAGUCAACGGAGACGGAGGUGGGGGCAUUUUGUGGACCAACAACGACAAUCGCAAUGGCUACGACAGCAAUUCGCUGGGUAGCGACGAGAGUCUAGGCGGCGCCUUGCUCACACCUAUACCGUGGUUGAGAAAUGGCCUCGGAGGUCGCGAGGGAUCGAGCGAAGAUUCAGGACACUUUGGCUCAGAUCAGAGCUCAAGCACAGACACUCUAGGCGAUCCGUUAUCAAUACCGGACGCGCAUGUCCCCGGAGCAGAUCCUCUGGUGCCUGAAAGACCCGACGGUGCGGUCACACAGGGCGAGUUGAUGCGCAUGGAGCAAGAGGCUGGGGUUGUCCCGGUGAACCCAACCUCCAGCAACGGCCCGAGCAGUCGAACAAUGGCGGGCGCCGAGGAGGGACUGUACAUGGACGAAGAAGGUGAAUUGGUUCCUCACGCCCGUGGUCCUGAUGUAGUUGGCUCGGUGGACAUGGGCCGUGUCGACGGGCAUGACGUCGAAAUCAGAAUUGGAAGUCCUCCGCGAGGAGAAGAAGAAGAGGAGGAAGAUAGAGACCCGACAGAUCCAAACGAUGCGCAGACGGUGCUGCCAGGGGGGGACAACCUCCCACAGUCGCCUCAGAAUGCGGGUGAAGUCGACGACUUUGAAAUCGUGCUCAAGGAGACAGAAGCCGCUGGUGGUGGCGAAGAAGGUACAGAUGACGUGGACGCCAUGCAGGUCGAUGCCGAGGGCACCAGAGGAAAGGGAGAGGAGCAGAAAUCGGAAAACGAGCAGGAUGAAGACAUUGUGCUCGUCGACGCCGACGGAAAGACAGACGACGACCUAUCCAAAGCUGAUGUGUCUGGUGAAAAUCUCGGACCUGACGCAGUGGAUACUUCGACCGUGACUUGA